AUGGAGAAAUUGAAAGUAGAAGUCCCUGACAUGUUUGAAUUUCUAGCAGCUGGUAAUUUUGUUGUAAAAAAAACCAACGGAAAAAAGUUCAACUGUGUGGCCUCAGACAUGGCUCUCGAGCAAUCCAUUAAUAAAGACUGCAAGAGCUCUUCUGGAAUAAUUGGAUUUUCUAAACAACCAGGGGCUCUUCUACGAUGGAUGACAACAAGGCAUAUAUUGGGAGAUUAUUCUAAAAAUUUUUUGGAAGCCACCUCAAACAUAGUCAAAAAAGGCAAGAAAGAAGCGUCUCUGCAAACCGACUCUAGGAUGGAAGGAAAAAAUGAAGAAGAUGUUCUAAAAAUCCUCAAUAGCAUAGAGAACUAUUGGUGUAAUCCGUUUGAUCUAGAUAAUGCCCCAGACCGCUUAGUUAAUAUAUGUACAGGAAAAAUAGUUAACGAAGAAGUAGAGAAGAGUCUGGGAAAUUUCUUAGAAAUUGCAACAGAGAAAGUCCAACAUAUUUUGAAUAAUCCACGUGAAGAGGAUUUCUGGAAACCUGCGAAAAGAAACAAAAUACAAACUUUCAAAGACACCAAAGUCAAGCCAAAAUCCAUGGCAAAAAAAACGUUCAUUGGAUCAGAAUGCAUGUUUCGUCGGAUAAUAUGUGCAGCACGAUUUCAAGAAAUGGACUUGUCUAAUAUAUUAUCAUAUGAGUUGUCUGCAGUUCCAGCAUCUCUAUUUCAUGAAGAUGGUUCUAUGCGUAAAACGACAAAAUCCGACUUGGCUAAAAAACUUGAGUCAUUUACUGAAAUAAUUACAACUAUUAACACUAAUGUCAACUCCUAUGUUAUUGAUGGAAUGGUUUUGAUUCGGGAAGUAAAUUUAUCUUCGAUUACAACAUUCAAUGACUUUGGACGAAUGUUUCUGGGACAUAGUAAAAACAAACGUUAUAUUGCCAUACAUGAUAUUGCAAAGAAAUUGGGUCCCCUCGUUUGUGGAAAUCUUCUAGCAAUUCAUUGUUUAACAGGCUGUGAUACUACCAGCGCGUUUUACAAAAUAGGAAAGAGGACAGCUUUUGAUAUGUUGACAAGGAAUAUCAAUGUACUAGCAGAAAUAGGAAAUCUUCCUAAUUUAAGCGAAGAAGAAGCCAUCGAACUAAGUACUAGAUAUGUGUAUACCUUAUACAAAAAUAAAAAUAAGGACAUUGUUAAUCUCAAUGAAAUGCGGUGUUUUUUAACGUCAACAACCAACCGCACGGCAGCAGAACUUCCCCCUACAGAUGACGCUUUUAAGCAGCACCUUAAAAGCCAUCAAGCGGAAAAUCAUUUUGAAGAUCCCAGUAGGUACGGCUGGAUAUUGGAGGAAAAUGUAUGGGUGCCUGUUUUAUCAACCCAAGAACCUGUGCCAGAUAAUUUACGAAAAAUUUUAUCCAUUCGCUGUUCCGACAAAAUCUGCAAUAACAGCAGAUGCAUUUGUGUUACUCAGGGAUUAAAAUGCUGUACUGAGUGCAAAUGCAAAUCCUGUUCAAACGCAAUUGUAAUAGAAGAUGCAGACUCGGAUUCUGAUUCAUAUUAA